UUAGAUGCCGGAAAAAGAGUCACAUGUGUCGAGAAAGCGUCUAGAGGUCCCGUGGAACGACUUCUAGGUAACUCGUGCGUCAAAAGACGUGAAUAAAAAUGUGUAUUAAUAGGUUAAUAUGUAGAUGGUGGUUGUUAUAAAGAUCGAGAGAGGUUUUUAUUAUGAAUACGCUUCAUUUGAAGCUCAGGUGCUUUACGUUUCAGCUCGUGAAAAGCGGAGCUGCCGCCGCCGCUCGUCGGGGUCCUCAGACUGUUUCCCACUUUUUUCGAACAAUGGCGACUAACAACAACAACAGCAACAGCAGCAGCAGAGGACAUUAUGGUGAUAUUAAUAACGCGGAGGCAUGGCGGCAGCAGCCGAGGCCGAAGAAACAGAACGAGCCGCUGCGGAGACUGAAGACCAAGGAGAAGCGGAGCCAGCGAGGAGACGUUCACGGACCGUCCACGGUUUACCUGCAGGUGGUCGGUGCCGGAAGCAGAGACCAAACGCCGUCUCUGUACGUCUUCUCCGAGUACAACAGGUACCUGUUCAACUGUGGCGAGGGAACACAGAGACUCAUGCAGGAGCACAAGCUGAAGGCUGCUCGCCUAGACAACAUCUUCCUCACCAGAAUGAGCUGGAACAACGUGGGAGGUUUAUCAGGGAUGAUAUUAACUCUGAAGGACACCGGCGUUCCCGAGUGUGUCGUCUCCGGACCGCUGCAACUGGAGAACUACAUUAACGCCAUCAAGUCUUUCUCUGGACCGCUGGGGGAGAUCAAGCUGUCCGUUCGACCGUACACCGAAGAGACGCACACAGACGACACCAUGACGGUUCAUCAAGUGCCAGUGUUUGCUCAGUUGAAGGAUCGAGCCGGGUCCAGCAGCGCCUCUCGGAGUCCUGCCUCUCCGAAGAGGGAUGACGUCGACUUCGUAGACGCAGGUCGUCACAGUCCAGGUGAAAGACGAACUGCGACUAGAGAUCCGUCUUUGGUGGUUGCUUUCAUAUGUAAGCUUCACCCCAGGAAAGGAAACUUCCUGGUCACUCAGGCCCGGGAGCUUGGACUUCCUGUAGGCACCCCAGCCAUCGGUCGACUCAUCACAGCUCUGAAGGCGGGGAACAGCAUCACGUUCGAGGGGAAAGAGAUCCGACCAGAGCAGGUUUGCACUCCCACUGACCCCGGACCGCUCUUCAUCGUGGUCGAGUGUCCGUCUGAGGAGUUCGUCGAAGCUGUUUGCACCAACCAGCGACUGAGAAGACACCAGACGGGAGGGACGGAGAACGGCGCGGCGCUGGUGGUCCACAUGACUCCGGAGUCCGUUCUGGAAACGGAUCAAUACAAAGAGUGGAUGGAGAGGUUUCCAUCCACGACGGAACACCUGAUCCUGAACGAACACGUGUGCACGCACCACAACAUCCGCAGUCACAAGAUCCAAGCGCAACUGAACAUGAUUCACCCCGAGAUCUUUCCAGAACUCCGCUCCUACAAGGCAAAGGAGCCCCAGGCCACCCUGCACGUCCCCAACGUCCGAGCCGAGUGUCUGCUCAAGUUCCAGCUCAGACCCGUAGUGCGGUGGCAAAGAGACGCCAUCCCCUCCUGCGACGCCGACGAGUUUGUGAAGGAGGCGUCUGAGGUCCCAAACUUUCUGGAGGAAGUGGAAAAGAGCCGGAAGAUUUGCUCCGCCGCCGCUGAGCCUUCUGGGCGAGGAGAGAAAUACCCCGAGGUGGUUUUCCUGGGAACAGGAUCAGCUCUUCCGAUGAAGAUGAGGAACGUCAGUGGCACUUUAGUUAAUAUCAGCCCGAGUCAGUCGAUGCUGUUGGACUGUGGCGAGGGGACGUUCGGGCAGCUCUGCAGACACUAUGGGGACGACGUGGACGACGCCCUCACCAAGAUUACGACCGUCUUCAUCUCACACAUGCACGCGGACCAUCACACGGGGCUCCUGAAUCUGCUGUACCAGAGGGAAAGAGCAGUGGCGACUUUGGGAAAAGACUUCAGCCCCGUCUUCCUGAUCGCUCCGACCCAGAUCAUGACCUGGCUCAACCAGUACCACGACCACUGCGAGGAGAUCGUCCACCACGUCAAUCUCGUCCCUAACGCUUGUCUGCGCGACGACGGCGAGCCGCUCAAACAGCCGACGCAGUCCCUCGUCGAAGCGUUGCUGAGAAAGAACGAUCUGAAGGAGUUCCAGACGUGCACGGUGCGUCACUGUAAGAACGCCUUCGCCUGCUGCUUCACUCACCAGUCCGGCUGGAAACUGGCCUUCUCCGGCGACACCAUGCCCUGCGAUUGGUUCGUGCACAUGGGGAGGAACGCGACCUUGCUCAUCCACGAGGCCACGCUGGAGGACGGGCUGGAGCAGGAGGCUGUGGAGAAGAGGCACAGCACGACAUCGCAGGCCAUCGGCAUCGGCGUGAAGAUGAACGCCGAGUUCAUCAUGUUGAACCACUUCAGCCAGCGCUACGCCAAGAUCCCGCUCUUCAGCGAGGACUUCGACGACAAAGUGGGAAUAUCCUUUGACCACAUGAGAAUUCACUACGGCGACUUUAAAAUCCUCCCCAGACUCAUUCCUGCACUUAAAACCCUCUUCGCCGAGGAGAUCGAAGAGAUGGAGGAGAGGCGAGAGAAGAGGGAGCUGAAGCAGCCGAGAGGAAGCAGCUACGAGGAGGCGGCGGAGGCAGCGGCCGGUCGAGGUGCCAAACGAGAGCAGGAAGAGGCGGCGACACGAGACGCAGAAGCAAAGAGACAAAAAACCCACUGAAACAUUGACCUCAGACAAAAAUGACUUCAACUGAGAGAAUGAGUUUGUUUUAUUUAAAUGAACGUUAGAUAUUUAGUUUGCUUGUGUGGUUUUAUUAAAUGAAAUAUUAUUAAAAUAUUUCUUGCAUUGUAAAAUGCUAAGUUAUGAAUAUAGUUUAAGGUUAUUUUUUUAUUCUCUAAACUGAAUAAAGCAAUACCACACAA